GGCCCACAUGGCUUGGCCAGCGCAUUCAGUUUUAAAGAGUAUGUCCCUUUUUCGUUUUUAAUACUUGUUUCGUAUCUCCCUCUUUCAGCUUGCGAUAUUCCGAUUCUUCACUGGAUCCAGGCCACCUAAGAGAAAACGUAAAAUAAAAGAAGAAGAAAAUUCGUUAAAAAGAGGUUAGGUUUUUUGUUUAUGAGGUUUGUAAUUUAUUUUGUAUUUAUAGUUUUUAAAUUUGUCAAAGAAUUCAUCAAUUUUUAAAAUGAACGGAGAUUAUGAAAAAUACUUGAAAGAUAAAAGAAUUUCAUGUAAAUACGGUGCCAAGUGUUAUCAACAAAAUCCAGCACACCAUGAAAAAUAUAAACAUCCUCCAAAGAGAAAACUAAAAAAUUUGCAACCUUCGAUAAAGAAAUUUAAAGCUGAAAACAAAGUAAUUGUAAGAAAUAAUGAUUCAGACUCUGAUGAGGAAGAUUCCAAAAACCAAACUAAUUCAGAUUCAGAAUCAAGUGUUGAUACAAAGAAUCGGACUCUAAGGGUUAAUAAUGAUGUGUCAGAUUCUGAUAGUGAAACCAGUAAAGAUACUUCUGAUGAUGCAGAAGAAUCAAGUCCAGAACAGUCAGCCCAAUCAACAAAUAAUGAUGAGUCAAAAGGAGAUAUUCCAAAAAUAAUUUCAACCAACAUUGCAAAGAAAAUUAAUCCAUCACUUGAAAUAGAUGAAGAAUGGGUUAAGUUUAUAAAAGAAAAAUUUUUGGUGACCAUGCCAGAAGAUUUUUAUCAGUUUUGGAAUUUUUGUAAGAAAAUAAAACCUGCAAAUACUUUAGAAGCUUUGAGAGAAGUAGGUCUAUAUUUAAUUGGACCAUUUGAUGUUUUAGCAGGCAAGUUUUCCAGUAUAAAAAAAUCUCCAGAUGAAUAUUUAAUUCAUUGGAGAUAUUAUAGGGACCCCCCAGAAAUGCAAACAGUUUUAAGAAGUGACGAGCCUACAGGAUAUCAUAUUGGUUAUUUCAGAGAUUCUCCCGGUGAUUUGCCAACACUAUUAGUAUCAAAUCAUUCGAAAAAGAAUGGUAUAUUAACUCAAAUGGGUGGAAAUAUUUUUUCUGCUGUUAAUAUUUUCUUAGAAGAAUUGAAGAAAAGUGGCAAUCCAUUUAAAAAAAUGGCUAUAGGAACACUACAAACUGCAUUACUAAAGCAAGCUGACCUGCUUGGAAUUGACAUGUCCAAAAAAACUGAAGAGAUGAUAAAACGGGAGAAAAAAAUUGUGACAAGGACCUUUAACAAAGUUGGAUUAGUUAUACCUUAUGACAAAAAAAAUGAUGUAGGAUAUCGUCCUUUGGCCCUAGAUAACAAAGCUUUGGAAACAUAUUUAACAAAACUUCAAAACGCCAAGACAAAAGAAGAGAAACAAGCUUGCUUAUCAGGGUUACAGCCAGUAUUCACAUUCGCCAGCAUAGCAGCAGAUGAAUGCGAUUUUGGCACGGGCAUUGAGCUUGGAUUGAACAUAAUUAGCCAUGGCGUUGAUUGUUUGAAUUCGACUGCUGAGCAGUUUUUAGUUUCUAAUUAUAAAUUAUUGAAUAGAGACGAAUUUGCUAAAAUUGCAGAAGCGCAUAUGAAGAAUAGGAGGAAGAGUUUGAAUUUGAGUAUCUUGUAAGUUUUAUUGGUAAUAAAUUACUUUUUUAUAA